GCGGCAGUGACUCGAAGCGUGGAAACAGUCUGCUCACUGGUGCGGUGGGAUCCGGUACAUGAGGGAAAAAAAGUUGGAGGAAAAAGUUUGGAAGCGAUCAGAUAAGAACAAGUUUCAGGCGCAGUCAGUGCGUAGAGCAUCUAUGGAGCGUGAAUUCUACUAUUAGAUCCGUGGUACUUGUUUAUUUAACUCUCUGUUCAGUCAAAGUUAAAACAAACAAUCAGACAUUUCUCUCCGGUGUUUCGUUAUUGAUAAUGAAUCUACACGGCUACGAGGCUCCGCGCUACGUCUGCUGAAGGAGAGGAGCCCGCGUCCGAGGAUACAAUGAAGCAGUGUGUCCUUGUCCGAGACAAUGCAGCGAGAUGCUACGAGGAGACGACGUUUCCCACAGGAUCAGGGACGUUUUGCCCGAUUGCACAGCGACAUCAACUAAAGAAUGAAGCCUUAGCCUCUGCAUGACUGUAGACAUCCAGUUACAAAGCCAGGACUCCAGAAUGAAGAUCAAGUAUGCAAUCGUCUUCAUCUGUAUCGUGGCCCUGGUCAUCAUUGAAAAGGAAAGCAACAUCCUUUCAAGGGUCUCUGAUAAGCUGAUCCAGAGGCAGACUCCACAGCAGACCCCACAGACCCCUCUGGAUUACAGCAACACAACACAAAAGGGCUCCCUGAUGGCGCUCAAAAUGCUGCUCUCCAAACUCUCUGGUACAAAAGGCAACUAUUCCAAUUUCUCCGAGGAGCAAGUGGAGGAAGAACUGGACGACUUAGGCUCGUACAGCUACAGCGGCGGCCGUAAGCACAUAUUACUGAUGGCCACCACACGAACGGGCUCCUCGUUUGUGGGGGAAUUUUUCAACCAGCAUGGGGAGAAAAUGUUCUACCUGUACGAGCCCUUGUGGCAUGUCGAGCGCAUGCUGACCACGACUGCAAAGACAAACAAUGGGACAGUGUUGGCGGGAAUCUACCGGGAUGUGCUCCAGGGGCUUUUCUUGUGUGAUUUCUCCUCACUUGAGAAGUUCAUCUCUCCCCCACCUCAGGACCACGUCACCCCGGCUCUUUUCCGCAGAGAGUCGAGUUUAUCGCUCUGUGAAGAAAACGUCUGUUCUCCUGUAAUCAAGGAUGUUUUUGAGAGGUAUCACUGUAAGACUCGUCGCUGUGGGCCACUCAACUUGACCCUGGCAUCUGAGUCUUGCCUUUCUAAACAACACCACGCUAUCAAAACUGUCCGUGUGCGUCAGCUGGACACACUGCAGCCUUUGGUGGAGGACCCUCGCCUGGACAUCAGAAUUAUCCAGCUAGUUCGUGAUCCAAGAGCUAUCUUAGCAUCACGCAUGGUGGCUUUCUCGACAAAAUAUCAGACUUGGAAGUCCUGGGCGCAGGACGGUCAGGUGCCUGAAGAUGACGAGGAGGUGAAGAGGCUCAAAGUGAACUGUGACCACCUUCGGAUGUCUGCAGAGAUGGGGCUGAGUCAGCCUCACUGGCUGCGGCGUCGCUACAUGUUGGUGCGUUAUGAGGAUAUCGCCCGCUACCCCAUGCAGAAGGCAGAGGAGAUGUACAAGUUCACAGGGAUACCGUUUAGUUCCCUGGCUAGGGAGUGGAUUCUGAGGAACACCCAGACCACACAGGAAGCCAGCGGGAUCUACUCCACCCAGAAGAACUCAUCAGAGCAGGCAGAGAAAUGGAGAUUUAGCAUUCCCUUUACAUUGGCUCAGGUUGUACAGAGAGUGUGUGGACCCACCAUGAAGCUAUUUGGGUACAGAUUUGUGGAUGAUGAAAAAACACUGACCAAUAAGUCUAUCACUUUGCUUGAGGAUAAACUGUUUGAUUAAUCAAGAGAUCAAAAAUUUAGCUGUGAAUCUCCAAAACAUGCAUGCGAUGGAUCCGAACCAGGAGAAGCCAUUAUUGCCCAGACCAAAACUUAAGCAGGAGUGCCAAGAAAGACUCAGCAUGUUUUAUUGGUGGCCAGAACAUUUGGGCCGUACAGUCAUGUUCAUACUCACCAGUGAUGUGCCUCAUUGUAACAAUGAAGAGCCAUUUGAUAAAGAGAAAUAUUUAUUUGAAAAACUGUGUUCACUGAGCAGCCUGGUAUUGAAGCUUUAUGUCAUGUUCUGUGUUUCAUUUGAAAUGAAACAGGCAUAGAUGUGAAGCCCGACUGUAAGAGAUUAUUAUGUAACAUUUUAUUAGUCGUGGGUUGUGUUUGGAUUUUCAGGGAUAAACUGUGAUGAAAGUGAUGUACGUAUGUUGUGUUUGCGAGUAUGUGUCUGAAGGAAAGGUUAUUCUGUUCAUUAGUGCUUGAUAAUUAAUAUUCAUAUUUCAAUAGAGCUGCUUAAGAAUAUUCAAGUGCUAGAGUCGCUUUAGAUUAGACCUGACGUGCUUUGAUAGGAUUUAACAAAUCAGACUCAGGUAAAGUAAAUGUGGAGCUGUAUUUUGUGGCGUCUUUAUGAGGAGCAUUCAUACCUUUGAAACUGUUUACUGUGUGAAAGUAGAGGUUCAUUUUUGGCGUUUUGAUCCAAAUGCUGUUUAAAGCAAUUCUCUUCUGAUGUAAUUAAUGUGGCACCAGAGUUUAAGACUGAAAAAGAUCAAUUAAAAGAAAUGUAUAAUAUUUAUGAGGUUAUGAGAAAUGAAAUCAAACUGUAAAAGAAAUAUAACAUAACUCAGGUGUGUCUUCAGAAUUUAAAUUUAGUUUUUCCUAAUAGCUAACUAGUAGCCUAAUUCAUUGUAAUGUAUUUCCCAGUAUGUUCCCAUCUCUAAGUAGCCAGACAGUUUGGCAUCAUUUUGCAAAUCUGCUGCUGCUGUCGCCAGGCAGCUUAAGCCGAAGCUGAUCUAUGUGUCAGAGAAGUGUGUUUUUUGGACUUGAGUAUAAAACUGUUUGACAAGAAAUUUUUAAUCACCUCAAAACUUAAAGUAACAGAAUCUCUAGGAAGAUUAAGACUUGCUUUAAUGUUCUAAGUUGUGUGUUUUGCUGACAGCUAAUAUAUAUGUUGUAUGUAUGCAUAUAGCUUAUACCUUUAAGCGAAACCCAGGUGGUGCUGCAUUAACUGUCACUCUUGAUGGUAUAUAAAGGAAACCACUGUGACUCUAGUUCAAUGGCAGCAUUGUGCUCAGCUUGGCUGAGGCCCGACUGAAACGGCCGUGCUGCUCCUGGAAAGGGAUAUGCAUCAGAGAUACAUAUAGUAGUGGGCUUAUACUACCUUCUCUUUAAAUGUUUAAAUAUGGAUACAUAUAUAUGGUAUUGAGCUGACUCGCCACUUAAACCAAAAGGAAAACUGUGAAAUACCAACUUUGUAGCGCAAACUAGGGUAUAGUCACAGUAACUAAUUUGAGUAAUUCAGAUAUUCAGAGUGGUAAUAAUCUGUUUGGGAGAAAAGCAGGUUUGCAGUUGAUAUUCUGACAACUGAUGCUGUUGUCAACUUACAUUCAUAGUUUUCAUUCUGGAAAAAAUAUUACAUCAGGAAAGCUGUUUUGAAAUUUUAAGUUCAAGUCAAGCUCAGGUUUUGCCAAAGCAACUGUCUCUCUCCUUUUCUGUUUUUAAUGUCCAAAUAUAGUCAUGACUCCUCAAAGGCUAAUUGCAAGUUAGCUGCAUAUCUUUCAGGUCUCUGAUUUUUUUUUUUUUAACUAUUAAAAAUAUUUUGAACAUUAAAAUUUUUUUAACUUUUUUUCUUCCACAGUUCAGUUACUAGUGCUUUUUCAUAACUGAGACUAAGUCAUUUGAAUGUAGGAGCCUAAUAAUCAAAUAUUCUUACCUGUGAAGUCUUAGUGUUACCAAAUAUGACACUCUCAUAUUUUACUCUCAACUCACAAUACAAGUCAAGUGUUGUGGUAAUUGGCUAUCAAGCCCUCAAAAGAGAUUUAGAACUUGUUCUCUCUCACUUAUUCUAUUCACAGCUUUAGCAAAUGAAAAUUAUCUGCUCUCCACCUAUACUCAAUAUGUUCAUUUUGGUCAAAUAAACACAUACCUUUUAUGUCAAGCUAUCACUGUUUUCAAAAUUCUGCUGAAUAUGCUGUAUUUGGUCACAUUUUAGUGAAAAUACUGCAUGAACGGUUUGACUUUAAUGAUACUUUUUUUGCGUUAUGAAAACUUGACAUGGCAUUGAAGCUGACUUCGAUGUUGAAAUGUACUUUAAAAAGUUCCGACACUCACCUUUAAGACCACGGAGGGUGACUGUUUGAUGCGCAAUAUUUUAGGUAGAGUAUCAUAAUAAAUUCUUAACUCAUUGAAUCAGUGGGUUAUGGUAACUUGUCUUGUCAGAGUGUUGUCUUCUGUGACUUUUUAACUUUGUUUAAUGUCUGUAGAUAUGUUAAACCCACAUUCUGGUUAUUCUUGCAGAAGAAACCAAUGGCUUAUAUGCAGAUUAUGCUGAUGCAACUGGAAAUUUAUCACAAAGAUGUAAAAUGUUAUUUUCUUCUGUUGAAAUGAUCAUUAAAUUGAUUCCUCUGGUGUGAAAGUG